UUUAUUGACAAAAGGGAGUUAGCUCGAGUCCUUGACCAGCCUGACAGCCGUAGCCUUUCAGCCGACCAAGUGACGGGUCUCACAUACAUACGGUAGAGUCAUGCGAAAAAAACUAGGACACCAUCAAUGACAUGAUUGAUGGAUAGGCCAGAGGCUUUGCCCCUUCUGCCGACAUGUAUAGCACGGCACGCUGUACAAAUCCCUCACUGGCGAGGCCUGGCGCCCCCCCACAAACAAACUCACAGAGCCCACGCCCCUGGUAUGUAGCGAUGAUCUCUCUCUGCUAGCUCUAGCUUCAACCGAAGUCAGUCAGGUGAACACAUACAUAGCUGUACUUACAUCCAGCCAGGUAGCUCACAACUUGCUACUCACUCGUCGUGCAUGCUCUCGUCGCCCGCCGCCUCCCCCGGUCCCUCAGGCUGUCUGCCUCCCUCUCCCUCGCCCCCAUCAUCGGGAAGCUCCGCUCCUCCCUCCAUCUCCUCCUCAUUCUCCUCACCUUCAUCGCCCGCAUCGCCCUCGUUGGAGAUGUUGUGACGCUGCCGCUGGCUCAAAGCUUGCGCCACACCACUCAGCAACCGGCUCUGAAGGAAGGAAUCCAUCCACACACGAACAACCAAUCAGUUGAUCAGUCAAUCGGUCGUCAUUUGGUUGUUUUGCUCAUGUCUUUCUCCUCCCCUCACUCACCAGAGAGGACCCACUGCGACUUGUUUGCGGCUGGUGCUGCUGGUGGGCCGCCAUGCGGUCGAAGUAGGCCUGACAUGCCGCCAGACGAGAACCUGUGCUCUGGGUGUACAAUACCUGCGGACAGAUCCGUCCAUCCAUCCAUCCAUCCGUCACACGCACCAACAGAAAUGCUCAGGCAGAUACACGAGUGCACUUGACGGGUUGUGUCUGACCUCAAAGCUGUCGAAUGCUGUGGGUGCUACGGGCCCGAGGGCGGAUGAUGCGAUGCAGGAACUCAGCCAGAACGACAUUGACUCUAGCGCCUGAACGCUCGGAUAGGAAGCCGACAGCCCCGGCUCGGAGCCGACGGACUAAACACACAACACAAAUCCAACACGACGCAACUCAGCCAGAAGCCAUCCACCUCUCCUUGACUUUCCUCUCAUCGUCUCCUCCCUCCCCGCUUUAUCUACCUCUGUGAGUUCCUGACGUGUGGCGGCGUCGAGUCGAUCGAGUCCCUCGACGACCUUCUCUUUUACGCGGCGCGCAGCUUCCACCAGCCCCGCCAGCUGGCCAUCCUCCACAGGCGUGUCAACCACCUCUGACAUUACCAGCAAGCCAAGCAGGGGGAGGGAGAAAGUGAAAUACAAAACGACAACCUGCUUUCUCUCCGACCUUUCACAGUGCAAUAGGACAACCCCAAUGUGCCGUCUUCGACCUGGUUGCAACAACACACUGGUAUAAUUUCUGAGAUGACCAGUGAGUCAGUCAAUCAUAGCCUACCCAGUGCGACUGCACACGCACACGACGUCGCAGACGCGCCCUGAUGUGCCAUCGGCCUGUGAAGAGAAAGCACGAGAGGGUGACACAAGUCACGAGAGUCUGUAUACAUGAGGGUGGGCGACUGACCAUCGGGCAGCCUCAGCGAGUCGAUGAGUUCGGCCACGAGGCCAAUCUCCCCAAUCAGGUCGCUGGUGUUGCUCGUGUGGCGACGCAGAGGCAGGUACAAAAAUCUCCUACCGACAAGAAAAGGACAGGACGGAUGCAAUGAGUGUUGGGUUCGCCUCACCCACCCUGACACCCACACAUGCAGUUACCUAUGUGCCUCGGUGAUUCUCUCCAUCAUGAGCCUGUAUCUUGGCUCGAAGAAAUGAAGGGCUAGCAGACAACCUGUGUCCGUGACGUGGCCACACAGGGAGUCAGUCAUCCGGACCCACACGAGGCCCCAUCUCAGAGGACUCACUAGGUACUGUAUUUCUGUACCUGGUAAGUUGGCAGGGUCCUUCAUGCGGUGAGCAAAAGUCACAUGAUAGAGAAGGAGAUAGGCAAUCAUGCAUGUACUCUUGAGAUAGGGCAAUCCUUUCUUUUUUUUGCGGUAAUCUGGCUCCAGACAAACUCACGUACGUUGUAGAAGAAAACGGGGAGUGUCUGGUCGAUCUCUUGAAGUUGUCGUGUCGCCUCUUCCAACCGCUCGGUGUACGCAGCCACGCCCAACACGGCCCUGCAGGCGUCACAGACAGACACAAUGGACGAACGACCUCUUUACAGAGAGCAUACAGGUACCUUGCAAGAUCAGCCAGCAUCCGACAUUCGCUGCUCUGUACAGGGUCGAUAAGACACACCGCCCUGCCACCGUGCACCCACAUCCAAAACAUUGACUCCAUUCACACGGCCCGUUGUUGCAUGUCUUCCGGGACACUUUUCUACCGGCACGAUGGACAUUUCUUGCGUGAAACCUUCAUCGAGGACACCAGACACGAGCGGCAGAACCUGUUGAAGCAUGACCGAGAUAGAUUGACCACCCAUCUGCGUGGAACUCUGUGCACUCUUCUUACGUGUGGCCGCAGGGGACGCAGAUGGGCUGGCACACCACCUGCAGGCACAUGAUGGAUACGCACAUGAGGGAGAGAGGAAAACAUCGAUGUCGAUGCGCUUGAGUGCUCGCCUGUAGACAGAUGGAGCACUCCAGUAUAUUGGAAAGGGCUGCCACAGUGUUCGGCUCGCCUUGAGCCUCAGCCGACACGCUCGUCGCCGACGCACUCAUCCUCAACAGGUAUCUACGACACACUCGCGAAGCAGCAGCU